UUACCUUUUUGUCUGAGAAGCCAUGGUUGCCGUGUGAGGGUGACUAACUCUUAUAUUCCUCCAACACGGAAAUUAUGACUACCACCAAGAUACGAGGUUUUGAUCAGUCGGAUUCGUGACAGAAAAAUACAUCAUUGUCUCGGUAAUUCAACCAAAUUGACCCAGUAGGGACAUGCAGCAAGUUUAAACGAGGACACGGAUCUUGUAGUCUAAGAGUAGACUUGUUAUGUGAAAGAAGACAAAGUAAACAUCGUGUUUUGUCUAGCUUCUCAAGACUGUGCUAAACGUGGCAACUAGUACUGUUUUUAUACAGCUGUGUAUAUUUUAUUCGAGGAAACUUAUUUUUAAUCUAAAAUGACGACAGCUUUUGUUCCACACAGCAUUUACAGGCGGGAAGCCAGCACAGGUAACGCAGCUAGCACAUGUCCGAGUUCAACGACAGAUGGCGCGGCGAAAAGCCAAUCAGCUGGUGAUGAUAUUGAUCAAAUAAAACCCGCAGCUGACAACACGCAACAGACUGUCGCAGUCAAAGCAACGGUGCUGAGACCGGCAGGCUUUAAGCCGCAGUUCGAUCUAGGCUACAGCGGAUCAUCAAGAUCAGAGUCCGUUAAGCCAAGGAGAAUCAUGUCACGGACAGGUUCGGAGAGCGAGGGGAGUCAGGGCGCCACCGGUGGGGGGUUGGACUCCGAGGUCGACCCCCUGUUAACGGCAGGGGAUGGUGAGAGUAGGUCCUCUAAAGAAUCGGAACCAGAAUUAAGGGCCAUGGCAUCUGGAGUUGAGUACAGGCCCCGCAGUGAUGCUUUUCAUUCACAAAGUGAGCGACUACAGGAGAAUCGAGAGGAGUCGGACAAUGCAGUGUUUGAACUGCAGGCUCCAAUCAAAGGAUUUGAAGUCAUGGAGGCAAGGGCAAAAUUUACGGUGUAUAAAAUUCAUGUUCAAAGAGGUCCCGAGGAGUCAUGGUUUGUCUUCCGCAGGUACACAGACUUUGUCAGAAUAAACCGACAGCUGAGCAAACUCUUCCCUGGAUUUCGAUUGGCUCUUCCUCCCAAGCGGUGGUUCCGUGACAACUACGAUGUCAAUUUUCUGGAAGAUCGAAUGCUAGGACUUCAAGCUUUUAUAAACAACAUUCUUGGACACAGAGAAAUGAGCCAAAGUGCCCCAGUGCGAGAAUUUUUCUGCAUGGAUGACCCCCCUGGUCCACACGACAGUUUAGAAGAAAGCAGGACCAUGUGCGAGAACAUUCAGGAUGAAUUGUACAACUUGCACAAAGACGUGCAGGAGAGAGACGUGGAAAUAGAUCUUUUGCACGAUGAGCUUGAUAUUUGUCGAUCAAAAAUCGAAACCCUUGAAAAGGAAUUACGCCGUGAAAGAGAAAAGAACAGGCGCCGCACAGUUUCCCCUACAUCGAUGCGUGAGAGCAUGUUGUCGUUAGCAGAGUGCGACAGGAAUUCGUGCACUGAGGUGGACCAGGAGGAGUGUGACACGAAAGCAACCAAAGACAAUUCUAGAUUUCCCACUCCCGCUGAGCUGGGAGACAUACCAGAGUUGGAGAAGAAACUCGAAUCCAUCACAAUGUCUUUGGUACCUAAUGACACAGACAAAAAAAUCCAAGGCACGGAACAUACUGCGGGCGUCUCAUACCACAGUCAGACCAAAAGGAAAGCCCUAAAAAGUGAAGAUACGGGCUCCCUAGUGAAACAUGAAGUUUUGUUCUCAUAAUGACAUGUGGGUAUUUAUAGACACCGGUGAAUUUUGAUUACCACAUAUAAUUGACGCACAGAUUGUUUGCACACAUUUUUUAUCCUUUUGAGGAUGAAGAAUUCGCGCAGAUUAUGAAAUAUAAACUCCUUAUUUGUCCAUUCCUCAGCAAAAAAUCUCUUGUCUUCUUUUACAGGGAAAUUAGAUUUUUAUUAAAUUUUACUGGAGUUAUCUCUACCACAAUAAAAUGGAUAUGGUAGCAGGUCUCUAUUAGAAAACACUGCGAUUUCAAGAACAAUUGUAUGCAGUAAAAUUGUAAGUGAUAAAAUUUCAUAACAUUGAAGAACAAAUGAGGAGAAAAAUGAAGAAAACAUGAUCGCAGUUUUGAGGAAAGGUGCUAUGCAUCCAAGAAAUUUUUAUGCUAGGUUUUUAUAGUCAUUUAAAUAUAAAGGUCAUGUCCCUUGAGUGUGAGUGGUCUUUGGCUUUAGUAGGUUAUUUGCUGUGGUGCUAAAUGUAAGGCCACUGGUAGAUUAUGAAGCUGGUCUUCAGAAAUGUUGUUUUUGGUUUAAAGUUUUGACUUAAAAAUAAGAUCUUGAAUAUAUGCAGUUUAGCUUGACAGAAUGUCUGUCACUUCUAGUGCAAUGUAUUAUGCAGUGUUUUUCACACCAAACGCAUUCCAUUCGAGAUGUUGCCACUGCUUCAUUAUGGGAAACUUAUUUUUUCUGGUUUUCAUUAAUUGUAGCUAGAACGUAUAUUGCGUCCUAUAUUGCAGUGAGGUCGCCAGUCAGUUUACCCUUCAUUUGCUCAUUAAUUGUUUGCAUGUUUUUAUUUCCUAUAUUUUUUUCAUUUCUUUGUGCAUUUACCUUAAGAGUAUGGAUUAAAACAUCCCAAUAUCACUUGACCCAAUAGACACAUAAUUUAGAAUUAGGCAUUAAGUUCUGGCUAUCAUUUUAAGUUUUAGGGGACUUUGUGGUUGAAACCAAAAUAGUUUAAAUUUUGAUAAUCUUUCUUAUCCUUUUUUUUUUUUUUAAAGUUUAUACAAACAUUAACAACACUACUAGGUAAGGGUGCAAUAUAUGUUUUAAUAACUUACAAUAAAAUUAUAUUAGGGAAAGGUAAAAAUAUUGAUAAAUAUGCCAGAAAAUUGAAUCUUCUUUGAAAAAAUUAACAAAUAGUUUGGCAAGGAAUGGGAAGCCAGCAGGCUACUUGUGCUUUUGUAAAUUAUAGUUUCAACUAGACUUGGGUAUGUUUCCAGGGAAUUAUAUCAUAGGUAUAAUUCCCUGAUCUUUCAGUGGUAAACUUAAUUACUAUCUCAUAACUCAAUCUGAUUUUAGUGAGUGUCUGUGAAUAGGGACAGUAAAAUAAUAUUUUUACAAGGAUUGUGUAAAAAGAGCAGAGUGUGAUGCGUAAAAACAAUGCUAAUGUUGUUAUUUGUGUUUGAGUAUAUAGGAGAUUUUGUUGUCAGAAAUAUUGGUGCUGUCGUUGUGAACGUGUAAGUUGCUUGGUGCUUCUUUGGUAAUGGUCAAUAGUAUAUUUUCUUGUUUUCUUUGUGUUUUUAUUGUAUGAAAAAUGUAAUUACGAUAUCCCAAAGAAAGGGACGCAGAUUUUGUGAAAUAUUGUGUUAAUGAAAACCAGAUGGCGACUUUUUAUAUGGUUAUAGAAAGAAUAAUUGUUUUUGAUAUUACAUCUUUCUUUAUCGCAGUAAGUCCACUUUUUUUAAGAGAAUAGAGUAAUGUAUGUACAUUUGUUGGCCGUAUGAUUUUCGUGAUUACCCAUUGUAUAAAAGCUUUUGUGAAUUAUUUAAAUAAUUUUUAAGAGUUAUUACUGGAAAAUAUUUUUCAAAUAAUAGUAAGUGGCAUGUACAACCAACCGCAAGCUAAUUGCUCUUCAUGGUAUAAUCAUUUCAAAAAAAGGAUAUUUGAAGUGGCCUCGAUGUUAUUGGCGUUUUACUGCUUGAAAGAAGCACGCCUGUGAGAAUUGUGGUCUGCAGUUUUAAGAUUUUAUCGUUUGUUUUUAGCAUAAUAGUUCAACUCUGUCAUAUGCUGGAGUUCAAGGUUUAGUUUCCCAUUUUGGUACCCUUUUGGAGAUAGUAGGCACCUUUUUCAAUUUUAAAUAUUUCCAUAUUUGAUCUCAUGUGAACUUGGCAGACUAACUCAUUGUGCAACAAUUUUAUUUAAGGCAAAAUACACAGGCUUCUACAUUCCAA